CACCAUUUCUCCAACCCAACUCUCUCUUUGGUUUGCUCUCAUCGUCCUCCAAAUUUUAAUUUCAAUUUUCCUUUUCCGUUAGAGGCGCGGCUUUUGAUAUGGCUCCGACGCCGGUAGAGCCGAAUGGCGAGUCCACGUCCGGCGAGUCGUUGCAGCGAGCUCUGCCGACGCCGUUUUUGAUCAAGACGUAUCAGCUCGUCGACGAUCCCUCAAUCAACGACGUUAUCUCCUGGAACGACGACGGAUCUAGCUUCGUCGUCUGGAACCCCACCGUCUUCGCCAGAGAUUUGCUCCCCAAAUACUUCAAGCACAACAACUUCUCCAGCUUCGUCCGCCAGCUCAACACCUACGGAUUUCGAAAGGUUGGGCUGGACCGAUGGGAAUUCGCGAAUGAUUGCUUCCAAAGAGGCCAGAAGCGGCUUCUCUGCGAAAUACAACGUCGGAGAAGCACGCCUCUGGCACCGCCGGUGGCGUCGGCAUGGGCGGUUCCAGCGGCGAAACCGAUGAUGUCGCCGUCGAAUUCCGGCGACGAGCAGGUGAUAUCGUCGAGCUCGUCGCCGAACGGAGCUCCCUCGAAACUCAUGCAGGAGAACGAGAGGCUGAGGAAGGAGAACAUGCACCUCACCAAGGAGUUGGCAGAGGUCAAGACCCUAUGCAACAGUAUCUUCAGCAUGGUCUCGAAUUACGCGUGCUCCCAAUGGGAAAGCGGCUUCCCGGAGCUGAAACCGCUCGAUCUGAUACCCGGGAAGCGGUUUUCCGUCAAGGGGGAGAAGGAAGAGGAAGAAGAGGCGAGACUGAAGCUUUUCGGGGUGGCGUUAGGGGCCAAGCGCGCGAGAGAGGCCAGCGCCGACGGCGUAGAGGAGGAUGAGACCGACUUGCGGCUUCAGCCGAGUGAGCGAUUAUUGGUAGGAAGUUACGGUAGAUAUUAGAUUGAGGCACGUGUUAAAAUGGGUUCACGUGCGUGUCAGCAUUUAGGGGCCCAUUUCCUGGACUAGAUUCUCUCACCCUCCUCUUUCCGUCUCCUUCCAUUAUCUUCUCCUCUUAUAUUUUGUAUUUUAUUUUUAUAUUUCUAUAAAAAAAUUAAUAUAAAAAGUUAAUAUGAUUUAACCGUAACCGAUCAAAUAUGAAAGGAGAAAAAAAAAAAGAGAAAGAAAAAAAAAAAA